UGUGUGUUAUCUGCUGUCCUUGUGUGUCCUCCUGCAGAUCAGGUUUGCAGAGAUGCAGUUGAAUGUAAUCCGGUCUUCAGACCUGCUGUGAGACCGGCUCAGAGACGAGCAGCAGAACAAGCCCCGCACAUGAAGGCAGCUGUUGGUGUGGAGCGGCGGCGGAUCGGUCCGGUCGAGGCGCUGCAGGAGCCGGAUCACGACCAGCACAGAGCCGCGGCUGUGGAGCCGUACAGACUGUGAGAGAACACAGCAUCUUCAGCUCAUGAUCCUGCUCUCAUCCCUUCAUCAGAGCAGAGCCCAGACCUGCUGCACACGUUCACCUAAACAUUCACGUUAAUUAAAAUACAACUAAACUAAACUCUGGAUAUUAGAUCAGACGAAGAACGAAGUCUAGUUUGAGUUGAAGCAAUGCAAUUUCUAACCGUUAAUUAAAGCAGAAUUAAAACGUUAAUAAAAAUGAAUUAAACCUAAAUAGUAAUACUUAAAAAGAAUCAAAGCUAAUAUAAAUGACUAAAAAUUAACUAAAAUUAAAAUAAAAAAACUAAAAAUAUAAAAAUAAAACCUUAUUCAAAAUAUUAAUAAAAACUGUAAAAAUCACUCACGUGAGUGUGAGUAUAUUUGAAUAUACUUGUGUAUCUAACAUCAUACGUGUGGCUGAUAUGAUACAUAAAUACAGUCAGAUCACAGAAGGGAAAUUAAUUUCAAAUGCUGUUUGAUGUCUGAUCUGUGGUCAGGUCAUAUAAACUCUGGUUUAAUGUUGAAACUUUGGUUCAUGAAGCCGCACUCCAUCACAGAACGGUGUUUAUAUGAAUGUAGGCAGUCAGUGUGUGUGUGUGUGUGUGUGUGUGUGUGUGUGUGUGUGUUCAGUGUGGCAGCGGCGAGAGACGAGUAUCUUCAGAGGAGACGUGAAGCUCAUCAGUACAAACUCAGAGCUCAGAAACAACUGGGUCUCAGACCGUCCACAGCAGACGCUGAAGACCGUCAGUCAGACCCACAGGAGCAUCAUGGGAACAUCAGAGCAGCCCAGGACAGGAGACAGCAGGAGUACCUGAAGCAGCUGCAGCGAAUCAGAGAGCAGUAUCAUCGUGAUGUCAGACGCAUGAGGACGAGGGCGGAGCUCAAGGAAACACACACACUGAAGAAGAACAGAGAGCGACACACACACGGGAAACAGCAGCAGAGAGGAAUCAUGUUUGAGAUCAAGCUGAGUGAUGAAGAGACGAAGACUGAGGAAGACGAGGAGUCAGAGGACGAGCCCCUGAACCACACACUGACGUUUGCACAAGGAGAAAAGCUACGCAACCAACCGCAGGGGUCAGAGGUCAGACAGGAAGUGGAGGAGGAAGUGGUGAAGAGAGCCGAGUGGCAUCGCCGACGCACGCGGAGACGUUUCUGAAC